AGUGAUAGAUAUGGUACAUUGAGAACACAGCAGGGUACAGGGAGGGAGAUGACAUCUAUUAUCAAGCUGCAGGCAAUCUAUGGAGAGGUGGAGGAAGCCCCACAUUGUUACCUCCUUCAGGUUGAUGAAUUUCGCAUCCUCCUAGACUGUGGCUGGGAUGAACACUUCAAUCUCAAUCUUGUCAAGGAAUUGAAGAAGCAUGUGUCACAGAUUGAUGCUGUCCUCCUAUCCUACCCUGACCAUCUUCAUCUGGGUGCACUUCCAUACAUGGUCGGGAAAGGUGAUCUCAACUGCCCCAUCUAUGCCACCAUUCCUGUUUACAAGAUGGGACAAAUGUUCAUGUAUGAUCUAUACCAGUCUCAUUCCAAUGUGGAGGAAUUCACCAUCUUCACGUUGGAUGAUGUGGAUGCAGCAUUUGACAAGAUCAUUCAGCUGAAGUACAACCAAACUGUGACACUUAAAGGGAAGGGAUUUGGUCUCACUAUCACACCUGUCCCAGCCGGACACAUGAUUGGCGGCACUGUGUGGAAGAUAGUGAAGGAUGGAGAAGAGGACAUUUGGUAUGCAGUGGAUUUCAAUCACAAGAAAGAACGACACCUGAAUGGUUGCAACCUAGAUACCAUUGGACGACCAUCCCUCCUCAUUACUGAUGCCCUCAAUGUCAACUACCAACAGCAGAGGAGGAGAGCUCGUGAUGAACAACUCAUGACCAACAUAUUACAGACCUUGCGGAGCAGUGGGAAUGUCCUGGUUUGCACAGACACUGCAGGUCGUGUCCUUGAACUUGCUCACAUGGUUGAUCAGUUGUGGCGAAACCAGGAAUCUGGCCUCAUGGCCUAUUCCCUUGCUCUUAUUAACAAUGUCAGCUACAAUGUAGUUGAGUUUGCCAAAUCCCAAAUUGAGUGGAUGAGUGAAAAACUAAUGAGAAGCUUUGAAGCAAACCGGAACAAUCCAUUCCAGUUCAAGCAUCUCCAGCUCUGCCAUAGUUUGGCAGAACUGGCUCGAGUACCUGAACCCAAGGUUGUAUUGGCAAGUAUGCCUGACCUUGAGUCUGGUUUCUCACGUGAUCUUUUCAUGUCGUGGUGUCAGAGGAAGAACAACUCUAUUAUCUUCACUUCUAGGACAUCUCCCAGCUCUCUGGCAAGACACCUCAUUGAGAAUCCUGUCAGUCAAUCCCUGCAACUAAGUGUUUCCCAUAGAGUACGUCUGGAAGGAGCUGAACUGGAAGAGUACUUAAAGACAGUGAAGGAGAAGGAUGCUCUGAACAAGAAACAAGAUAGAACUGAAGAGAGCAGCAGUGAUGAGUCUGAUGAUGAGAUGGAGCUGGGGAAGUCAGCUAAGAGAGAUUUUAUUGUGGCUGAAGAACAUAAAACUCACUCUUCGACUGGAUUUUUCAAGGCCACAAAGAAGACCAUGCAUCCCAUGUUCCCCUUCACGGAGGAAAAGAUCCGAUCUGAUGACUAUGGACAGAUCAUCAGACCAGAAGAUUACAUGAUUGUGGAGCCUGCCUUAGAUGACACUCAUGUGAAAGAAGAGGUUGAGAGCAAAGAAAAGGAAUUAAUUGGGGAUCUGGAGAUUCCAACCAAGUGCAUAUCAUCAGUACAGACCUUCCAUGUUCAAGCCCAGAUGCAAUACAUUGAUUUUGAAGGGAGAUCUGAUGGAGAGAGCAUAAAGAAAAUCAUCUCGCAGGUGAAACCCCGUCGUCUGCUGAUUGUCCGUGGUUCAGCUGACGCUUGCAAGGCCUUACAGGCUCAUGCUUUGAAAAAUGGUGUUGAAAAGUCAUAUAUCACCAAGGGAACAGAUGUCAUUGAUGCAUCCACAGAGAGCCAUAUCUACCAGGUGAGAUUGAAGGAUUCACUGAUUGCCAUGCUACACUUCUCUCGUGGGGGAAGGGAAGAAGGGACACCUGAACUGUCAUGGAUUGAUGGUGUCAUUUGCAUGAGGCCUCGUUACUCUGAACUCGAGCUUGCCGAAAAAGAAGAGAGGCAUGAUAUUGACAUGUUAGAUGACAGUGGAACAAAAGAGCUCAUUCCAACACUGGAACCUUUGCCCUUAGAAGAUGUGCCUGGUCAUGAAACAUCAUUUGUGAAUGAUGUAAAGUUGUCUGACUUCAAGCAGAUUCUCACCAAGGAAGGAAUUCCUUCUGAAUUCUCUGCUGGUAUCCUGUGGUGUUGCAAUGGGACUGUGGCCCUGCGACGUCAUGAUGCAGGGCGAAUCACAAUGGAGGGUUCUCUUUCCUCUGAGUAUUACACCAUCCGAGAUCUCCUCUAUCAGCAAUAUAGCAUUGUGUAACUUCCAAGGACAUUUCCUUACCCUUGCACUGCAAG